AUGGACCGCAGUAACCCCAACUUCAGCCAUUCCAUUCUACGCAAGUCGUUCGUAAAUGGCCGGGGCUACAGCUCAGCGCUCCCUGGUGCAUCCACUCGCACUAUGAUGUGGACCAUCAUCGGCCUCAAUGCAGCUGUGUUCGGUGCAUGGCAAUAUGCCAUUGCUCGAAAAGACCGCAAACUAUUCCAGAAGCUCUCCCAAAACUUCACCGUCAGCGCACAAAAUAUCAGAGACGGCCGCUACUGGACUCUCGUCACCAGCGCCUUCUCUCAUCAAGGCCUUGGUCAUUUCGCAUUCAACAUGUUCACUUUCAACGCGUUUACCAGCAUCAUGGCCUUUGCAGGUGUCGGCCCCGUAGCCCUUGGCUUUAUCGUUCUUGGAAGCGGACUCGCAGGAUCUGCCGCAUGGCUCUAUCAUCUACACAGCCCUGGCUCAGAUCGGAUCAAUAGAUACGCCUCUGCGCUCGGAGCCAGUGGCGCAGUGAUGGGUGCGGGAGCCGUGGCUACUUGUCUCAUGCCAUUCGCCCCGAUGCAGAUGAUGUUCAUCCCUAUCAACAUUCCUCUUUGGGUCCUGACGCUUGCGUAUGCUGGACUCGAUGCAUACUACCUCAAUGCUAGUACUGGAGUCGGGCACUCGGCGCAUCUCGGUGGAGCCAUCUUCGGAGCACUGUUCUAUGCAGCCUAUCUCAGGCGACUUGGUGGUGUCGUUCAGUUGCUCAAGAGAGGUUCUAGGAGGUGGUAG